AAAGGACCUCGUAGUGGACCUCAGAAUCUAAUAAAUGCUCCGAAUAAACUUAACUAAUAAAUGUGCUCCUUAAAUGGACCGCAUAGUGGACCUAAUCAAUGUACUUCACAUAGACAUCGUGAUGGACCUCAUAACGGACGUUAUUAUGGGCCUCGAUACACACCUCAUAUUAGGCCUCAUAAUAGACCUCAUAAUUCAUCCAUGAAGGACCUCAUGCUGGACCUCAUACUGGACCUCAUAAUGAACCUGAUAAAUCUACCUAAUAGACAUAACUAAUAAAGGUACCAUAUAAUGUACCUAGUAAAUGGACCUCACGGUGGACCUUCUAAUGGACCUUAUAAUGGACCUCAUGCUGGACCCUAUAAUCCUUCCAUAAAGGACCUCAUACUAGUCCUAAUAAAGGUACCUCCUUCUGACUUCCACGAUUUAUACACAAAAGAUCAUGAGAUCUCGCCCAUACAGACACCCACAGAAACCAUCAUGUGGCUGGCCUGGGAUAUCGUCUUAAUCGCGAUGCCCUCAUAUACCGACCAAAUCAAUCACAGUGCGCAGGCCGUGGCCAUCAAUACAAACUAGGUAUUUUGGAUCCCCGUGAUUCUUUCCAGCCCAGAACAAGAACAGAAAAGCAAUUGGCCAUACAGACUGGCCAUACGCAUUAAAAUUGCAACUGGCCACAUGGACCCAAAAUGCACCCUUCGUGGUAUCCCGUUUCCUCUCGCCGCAGUCUCUGGCUAAUAAACUGGGUGCGAGGCUGCGACAUCGCCGCGGCCUUC